AUGGGCGCCGCCAUCUUGGCUCCCGCCCACCUCAGCCCUCGUAGUUGGCCCCGGAACCCGCCCGAGGCCUCACCGCCCGCAGCGCCCAGCGCGGGCCCAGCCGUAACCGGGAAUCCCCCCGGGACCCCCUGGGACUCCCCCGGGACCCUCCCGGGACCCCCAAGCUAUGGACGUGCUGCGGCGGUGACGUUCGGGGGGCAGUGGGACCCCCCCGGGGCGCGGGGCGGGGACGAGGUGGCGCGGGUGACGGUGGCGCUGGCGCGCGCCGGGCCCCGGGACCUGGUGGGGCGGCUGCGGGUGACGGCGGCCGUGCGGGGGCUGCGCUGCGACGUGGCGGGGCUGGGCCCCGAGCGCCUGCUGAGGGAGCUGCUGCGGCUGCUGGCGGCCAUGACGCGCGCCGUGGGGCAGAGCCUGCUCAACCUCUCGGCCCUCCUGCGCCGCCUCCUGGACAGCGCACCCCAAAGGGGCGGGGCCUAUGAGCAUUAGGCCCCGCCCCCUUUCCCACAAACCCGCCCCCGACUUAUAGCCCCGCCCCCUUCCCCAUAACCUGCCAAUAAAGAGCU